AUGGGCCCGUCCUCCGAAUUUUGCGUUUAUCACCUUAUGCACAAGACAGAUCCGCUCGAAUUAUUCCCUGUCCGCGUAUACACCGUUGAGGGAUAUAAUUCGUUUGUCAGGAAGGAAGUGUCUGGUUCAGAGCAGAAGGAAGAAAAGAUCGGUGGGGAUGUCCCCAAGUUCCCCAACCAUAUCAAACUGGUGUAA